AUGGAACCCCAGAAUCACACAGAAGUUUCAGAAUUCCUUCUCCUGGGAUUGACAGAGGAUCCAGAAGUACAGAUCAUCCUCUUUGAGCUAUUCCUGUCCGUGUACCUGGUCACUGUUUUGGCGAACCUGCUCAUCAUCCUGGCCAUCAGUUCUGACCCUCACCUCCAUACCCCCAUGUACUACUUUCUCUGUAACCUGUCCUUCACUGACAUCUGUAUAAGCGCAGCCACCAUCCCCAUGAUGGUGGUGAACAUCCAAGCACAGAAUCAGCACAUCAGCUUUACAGGCUGCAUCAUCCAGGUCUACUUUUUCUUUGUUUUUGCUGGAUUUGAAACCUUUAUCCUUGCCACAAUGGCCUAUGACCGCUAUGUGGCCAUCUGCCAUCUGCUCAGGUACACAUAUGUCAUGACCCCCCGGCUCUGUGUCCUGCUGAUUCUGCUCUCCCUGCUCAUUACCAGCGGGGUUAGUGUGCUCCACAGUCUGAUGGUGCUGCGUCUCUCCUUCUGCAGGGACCAGGAAAUCCCCCACUUCUUCUGUGAUCUUGCUCAGGUCAUCAAACUACCCUGCUCUGAUACCCUCAUCAAUAACUUACUGAUAUAUUUUGUAGGCAGCCUACUUGGGGGUGUUCCUGUAUCUGGGAUCAUGUUCUCUUAUACUAAAAUUCUCUCUUCCAUUUUGAGAAUGACCUCAGUGGAGGGUUUUGGGAUGUACAUUAGCCCUGCAGUUCCUGACUCUUUCAGGACGGCUACAGUGGCCUCAAUGAUGUACAUCGUGGUUCCCCAGGUGAUGAACCCUUUCAUCUACAGCCUAAGGAACAGGGAUAUGUAG